AUGAGUGAAGAGAAGGUUGUUCUAAUAACAGGAUGUGCCAAAGGAGGCAUUGGCUAUGAGUAUUGCAAGGCAUUUGCCGAGCAGAAAUGUCGUGUUUUUGCGUCCGACAUCCCCCAACGCAUGCAAGAUAUGUUAGACUUGCAGUCGGAUGACAACAAUAUUGAGACGCUUGAGCUUGAUGUUUCAUCAGAUCACAGCGUCUCAUCUGCUGUGAAUUCUGUGAUUUCAAAAUGCAGCAGAAUUGACAUCUUGAUCAACAAUGCAGGUAUAGGAAGUCCUGGACCUUUAGCUGAAUCGCCUUUAGAUGAUGUUAGGAAAGCCUACGAAAUCAACGCCUUGGGACAGUUGAGGUUAAUUCAGCACGUUGUGCCUCAUAUGGUCUCCCAAAAAUGCGGCAAAAUCGUGAAUGUUGGGAGCGUCGUUGGGACAGUGCCAACCCCUUGGGCAGGCUCAUACUGUGCUAGCAAGGCAGCAGUACAUGCCAUGUCUCAUGCAUUGCGCGUCGAGCUGCGCCCUUUUAAUAUCGACGUGAUUUUAGUACUUCCGGGUGCUGUUAGAUCAAAUUUUGGUACCAAUUCGAUGGAUAAAUUAGUAAACACUGAUUGGAAACUUUACAAGGAUUUUAAGGAUUCCAUUGCUCAAAGAGCAAAUGCUUCCCAAGGUUGCAAAUCAACUGAUGCCACCCUUUUGGCUGGACAUGUUGCUAAGAAAGUUUUGAGUCCUAAACCACCAAAACAAAUUGUGUACGGUCACAUGACUGGAUUGUUUUCGCUGCUCUCAAUGUCACCCCUAUGGGUUAGGGAUUUCUUCUUUAGAACUAAGUUCAAAAUUAAGUAG